AGGAGCAGAGGAGAGGGAAGAGAGGAAGAGGAGAGGACUGGGGGAGGAGAGAGGAAAGAGGAAAGGGAGAGGAGCCAAGGGGUGUGUGGAGCAGAAAGAACGAAUAAAAGAAGAGAACAAAAGGAGAGUGCAGCAGAGGGAGAGGACGCCUGUUCUGUUUAACAGGACUUCAGGCUGAAGCUGAAGUGGGCUGCUGCCUCUGUCCCUGAGUGAGUGGCGUCUUCACACCGAGAGCACACAGACGGUGUCCCCUCCUCCCUCUCUCUUUCACAGCACUCAGCAGCAAGGCUGAAUGUAUCACCCAGCAGAGCAGUAUCAUGGACGUAACACCAGGGACUCCUACCCUGCUGGAGGACCUCACAGAGGAACAUGGGCCCCCGUCAACAGUCGCCCCUGGGGCCCUCCAAACAGGUACAACGGAGGAAUCAACCAAUCCCAGCACAUUAACAAGAUUUAUGACAGAGGGGCCAGUCCCUCCUUCCAUGUCCAGGGAAGGGGCCCUCAAAGGGACCAGAGAUCAGGAACACGACCCUGGGCCCAGAAAGACCAGGCUUAUGAGACCCAGGGCUGGCACCAGGACUCCCCACGGUCAUUUCAAAACCAUGGCCACAGCCAGGGGGGCUACCAAACAGGACCGGGGGAACCCUACACCAUCUGGAACUUUUACAACAACCAGCCUCCCAGGUAUGGGGGUCCCCACCAGCACCAACGGCCCAGAGAUCCCCCCGGAGACCUGGGCUCCCCAGCAGAGAGGUGGGCCACCUCAGACCGCUCCAGGGCCUUCCCAGGCAGGAUGAUAGACCAGGGACCAGGACCAUGGAAGCGCCCGCCCCCCCACAAGCACCACCGUGGCCAACCUCCACACCGCUCCCCGCACUCACAGCACUCUCCGCCCCCCAAGGAUGACUGCCCUGCCAAGAGGAGCAGGAGCUCCGGCCCUGAGCAGCCCUCUCACCGUGGCUCAAAGCAUUUAUCUGGACCAGACCAGCCACACUCACCACCCCACUACCUCCCUCCCAAACAAGGUUUCUGGAACCAAUCAUAUGACAGACCUGGUUCUCGCACCCAUGCUGACAGGAGGAGCUCGUCUACCGAGUUACAAGAAUCCAUCAAGUCAAGAUUAGGGCGUUUCAACUACAGUACACAUCAUUCUACCCAUAGUCCAGUUCCCCAGGUCCCCUUCGAUGGUCAAGGCCCCCCUCCUUCCUCCUAUCCCCGCCACCCUCCUCCUUCCCAGCCCUGUGGCGGCAGCAGACCCCCCCACCAUGGAUCCUGGGCGGAGGUGGAUGGCCAGUCCCAGCCCCCCUCCUCACCAGCAGAACACACCGGCGUGCCUUACAGCCAGCACCACCAGCGCCCCCCAUCACCCCCCUCAGUACCUCAGCACAGCCCCCCAGCUCCACGCUCCCACAGACAGAAGAGGGAUCAGACUCCCUCCCAGCCCUCUGCUACAGAGCCUCCCCACCGCAACAGCAGCCACAGAGUUUUAGGCUCCACAGCCCUGAGCUCCUCCUGCCCCUCUGGCCUCUCCAGCUCCACCACUCCUAGUAAGGCCAGUGGGAAGAAAGACCCUCCACCCAAUCAGAGGAGUCCUGACACUGGCGCUGGCACACCCCAUAAACGGGGACCAAGGACCCCCUCACCCAGUCCCACUCCUCCCCCUCUCUCUGCCUCCCGCACAGGGCUAGGCUCAGAGCCCCAGACCCCACCCAGCUCUCCCCAGGACAGACCUACUGUCAACAACAACAGACCUACUGUCAACAAGCCAGGGCUGCAGCCUCAUCGACACAAACAGACAGAGAGGACCCAUAAGGAUAAAGAAAGUAGAGCGGAGAGAGGCGAGGUGGGAAAGAGGGAACCAACGAGGAAGAUGGAGAAGAAGAAAAGGAGAAAGGAGAAAGAAGAGAAAAGGGAGGAUGGGGUAAAGAAUAAGUUGAGGGACAAGGUGGAGAGAAAAAAUAGGAAAGAGGAAGGUAGGAAGACGGAGAAAAGGGAGGAGAUUCUUAGGGCUAAGCAGCUGGAGAAAGCAGAGAUGGGAUACUCAAAGUACCCACAUGAAUCAUCCCUCCCUCCAUCAGUACGGCCUUCCUCCCCUAAGACUCAGUCUGGAUCUAGGGUUCCAGGGAAGCCAGGUCAACCCUCCCAGACACCAUCCACCGCUGGCAAACACAGACACAGGGAGAAGGGCCAAGGAAGAGGUGGAAAGUCCCAUGACCACAGCUCUCCAAAUACCUCAGAGACAGUCCCACCUGCUGGCCCGCUUGCCGCCCAUCCUAGCCAACCCUCACCACAUCCAUCCAAACACAAAAAGUCAGGGAGGGGAGGGACCCUGUACAAGUCAAACCCAGCUCAACCCAAACACCCCGUCAAGGGCUCACCACUGCCAGCCUGUCCCCCACCCACCACCACCACCACCACCAUUAACAACAACAUCAGCAGCACCAGCAAGACCAGUAAGACCAGUCCUCAGCCCACCAGCCCUCCAAAACCUUCUAAAUGCAGCACAGAGGGGAAGGCUGAUUCUACCCCCUCCACACUCUCAUCCAAAACCCCAGCAGCUCCCACUGUGGCUGGGUCAGGGGGGUCCAUCCCAAGCCAGCAGGACCAGACAGAGACAAUGGGUGUGUGUCCAGAGGGGGGGGUCCUACGGGCCCCAGAUCUCCAGCCUGCGGCGGGGGUGGGCAGUGUGGAGGAGCUGGGAGACAACCCCCCCGCCAGCCCCCCUGUGCUUAGCUGGCAAGGCUCCCCAGCAUCAGCCCUGAGUGAGGAAGAAGAGGAGGAAGAACAGGGAGGAGUGAUGAGGAGACCCGUCCUGCAGCCCAGCCCCACCCACAGCCCGUCCAUCUCACCCCCCCAUGGGAACUUAGAGGGGCUCAAUGAGAAGGCAGAGGGGGUCAGUGAGGGGAGGGGUGCUGAUGAGCUUCGCCAUAGCGACCUGGCCAAGCUCUAUGGCCUGCCUGAUACUCCCAAUGGAGUGGAAGAGGAGGAUGAGGAAGAGGAGGACAGUAGUGGGGAUACGUCAUCCAGCUCUUUGCCUCCCCGUCGGCCACACCUCCACCAGACAGGAGUGGCUGAUGUCUUCAAGUCUUUGGCCUCGUUCCUGGGGGGCCAGAGGUACACAUAUCGGGGCGGUCCAUUUGGGCGUCCUCCUCCUAGAUCCAUGGGAGGAGUGAAGUACUCUUCCUCCCUCGCCAUGGAUCCGGAAACCAACUGUCAGGACCAGCAGUGUCCCUCCCCGACAUCCGACUCCACCACGCCCCCAAGACUCACUACCCAAUCACCCACUCACACUACCUCAGAUCCGCCUUCCAAACCCCGUCCUCCCUUAGACCUCAACCAACCACAACUCUCUGUGGGGGAGCGCACGAAACAGAAGCACGCGAGAUUGGAGGAGAUUCAGAAUGAGAGAAAGAAGGAGAGGACUAAGGGUGUAGACAGCGGGGAGACAGCCGGGUCUCUGAGCGCUGAGCUGAGAUUGACCACCACACACCGGCUCCCUGCCACCACCAAGGAGGAGCGGGGGCAGAGGGAGGUAUGCAGGCGGACAGGCAGGAAGAGGGUACAAAGAGGUGCAGAUGGAAACAGGGAAGAGGAUGGGAAAAGGAAGAGAAGGAAACAAGAUAGCAGUCAUCAGAGGAGUGGAGGCAAUGAAAAGAAGAAGAUGGAAGAAAAGAGAGACAGAAAAUCAGCCUCCUCCAUUACGUUGUCCUCAUCUACAUCACCCCCCAGUAGCCCGGUCAAGCAGCUCAAAGACAGUAAGAAGAGCCGUCCUAUUCAGGGGAACCUUGGCCUCCAGAGCAACCUCGGCCUCCAGAGCAAAGACAUCCAGGGACAGAAAGACAAGGCGCACACAGGAAACACUGAGCAGGGGGCACAAUCGACAGUGAGGAAGGAGGAGAGGUGCAGUGAGCCUGAAACCAUGACGUCCACACCAGGCAGCAACACAGACCCAGUGGCAACCGCAACUAGCACCAUCAACACCCCCUCUACUGCUACCCCGGCCCCGCCUGCUGCCCCAGUGAGGAGGACCCCCUGUCCCCUGGCUGCUGCUGAUUUCCUGAAGCUGAAGGCCCUGUCCAUGGGCCCUCCCAAGGAGCUGAAGAUCCGUCUGAUCAAGGUGGAGAGUGGAGACAGAGAGACGUUCAUCGCCUCCGAGGUCGAGGAGCGCAGGAUCCCCCUAGGAGAGGUCAGCAUCAGACACACAGCCAGCGAGGUCAUCAGGGCCUGCAAGGGGGCGAAGGUGAAGGGGAAGUUUCGGGAGUCCUAUCUGCUCCGUGCUUUCUCUGUCAAGCCUGUUCUCAUCACCGACCCACCCAUCCCACGAGAGAAGCUUAAUCCCCCCACACCAAGCAUCUAUUUGGAGAGUAAGAGAGAUGCCUUCUCCCCAGUCCUCCUCCAGUUCUGUACUGAUCCCAAGAACCCUGUCACUGUCAUCCGAGGCCUGGCUGGAUCCCUCAGACUCAACCUGGGUUUGUUCUCCACUAAGUCUCUGGUGGAGGCCAAUGCGGAGCAUGCUGUGGAGGUGAGGACCCAGGUACAGCAGCCUGCUGAUGAGAACUGGGACGCCACUGGUUCAGGCCAGACCUGGCCUUGCGAGAGCAGCCGCUCACACACCACCAUCGCCAAGUACGCCCAGUACCAGGCCUCCAGCUUCCAGGAGAGCCUCCAGGAAGAGAAGGACAGUGAGGAUGAGGAUAAGGAAGAACAAGAAGAGAAGCAGGCUCCGUCCUCUGACCCAUCAACCACCGCUGCGUCUGGCGCCAGCAAAGCCAACCCUACUGUGGUUGCUAGCAAAGUCGGCCCUACCCCUAUUGCUAACACACUGAGGCCAGAGGCAAAAUCGACUGGAAAUAUCAUCAAAUUCGGCACCAACAUCGACCUCUCUGAUCCUAAGAGGUGGAAGCCCCAGCUGCAGGAGCUGCUGAAGCUACCAGCCUUCAUGCGUGUGGAGUUCAAUGGAAACAUGCUGAGCCACGUGGGACACACCAUCCUGGGCAUGAACACCGUCCAGCUCUACAUGAAGGUCCCCGGGAGCCGCACGCCUGGCCACCAGGAGAAUAAUAACUUCUGCUCUGUGAACAUCAACAUCGGCCCGGGGGAUUGUGAGUGGUUUGCAGUCCAUGAGCACUACUGGGAGCACGUCAACAACUUCUGUGAGAAGCAUGGAGUAGACUACCUGACGGGGUCCUGGUGGCCUGUUCUGGAGGAUCUGUACCGCUCCAACAUCCCGGUGUACCGCUUCAUCCAGAGACCAGGGGACCUGGUAUGGAUCAACGCAGGGUCCAUCCACUGGGUGCAGGCUGUGGGCUGGUGCAACAACAUCGCCUGGAAUGUUGGACCUCUCAACUCAUACCAGUAUCAGCUGGCUCUGGAGCGCUUUGAGUGGAACGAGGUCAAGAAGGUCAAGUCCAUCGUUCCCAUGAUCCAUGUCUCCUGGAAUGUGGCCCGCACUAUCAAGAUCACAGACCAAGAAACCUACAAGAUGGUCAAACAUUGUCUCCUACAGUCCAUUAAGCACAUCCAGAUUCUGAGAGACCAGCUGGUUGCUGCAGGGAAGAAGAUCUCUUAUCAGAGCCGUGUGAAGGACGAACCAGCCUACUACUGCAACGAGUGUGACGUGGAGGUGUUUGACCUGCUGUUUGUGACCAGUGAGUAUGGCAAUAGGAAGACCUAUAUGGUGCACUGUGAGGACUGUGCCCGGACUGUGUCCAAGAGCCCCUCGCUGGCAGGAGUUGUGGUGCUGGAGCAGUACCGCAUGGAGGAGCUGAUGAGAACCUACGACAGCCUCUGUGUGACUCCAUCACCCUGCUCCAAGUGAGGCCUCCUUCCUGUUGUGCAACAGCCAUAACCAAAACUCCUACACAGUGGUAGCACAGACGGUGUCUUCAAGGAAUACUACUACUGCGAACACUUGGUGAACAGCCAACCAUGUUUACUCAGUAUGUUUACAUCACAGUAAGAUAUCGUCCGUCAGCCAAUUGAAUUCCAGCUCACUGUCUUCCCCUCCUACCAGCUGCUGAUUGGACUUGAGUCUUGAGAUAGAAUGACUAGACUGGUACUACUACUCGUUAAAAACAUGUCAGACAACUACAGAAAAUGUGAACAUAGUUAGCACUGAAAAUCAGGUCUUAUUUAAAACGGACACUGCUGUGAUUCAAAAGCGUCAAGUAGCCGGUAUAUGGUGCAUUAAUUCAGGUACUUUUAUGCAAAUCCAAUGGAACUUUUUUACACCAAUCUAGUUAUUCUAUGUCCAUGAAUUUACUGUGUUGCGACGCUAACAGCAGGGGAAUCGCUUCACUAGCAAAGUAGCCAAUAGUCUCAAUGAAAUGACAUUGUUUUGGUUAUGUUUUCUAUUCAGGUGAACUCUGACAUUUAUGAUUCCUGUCUGUAUACUCUUUGGGGUGCUAUUUCCAUUUCAUUUAUUCUGACCUAGGUAUUUCAAAAGUUUAACCAGCCUAGAAGUACACCUCAUUGGCCUUGCGAACUGUAUUUAGAUGAAAUGAAAGGAAAUAAUGCAAACAUGCAGAUAACGUUUUCGAAAGCAUUAGGAAUAUUCAUUUAAGAAAUACGGGUUUACUAGAGGACUAAUCUGGUUUCACUCUUUGUUGGAAAUCGAGUCUGUUUUAUUGUGAUUUUUGUUUUUGCAUAAUAAUCCUAAAUGAUGUUUGGUAGAGAGAGAUGUGAUUGCUACAAUAUACCCUAAAGAGGAUCCCCUUCCUUUUUCUUUUGAUAAAUGGUAUUGUUCUCCCUGUUUUUAUACCUCUUUUUUGGUUGCUAUCUCCUUCUUUUCUGGAUUACAGAGAAAAUUAAGAAUUGUAAAUUGUUACUUUAUUUAUACAUGUAUAUGUUUUUUUUCUUAAAUGUAUUUAUUGCAUAUUGAUGGUGCUUCUCUGGGGACACCAGCUAUUUUUAAAGUUUCCUAUUGUGUGUGGACAGGGAAGGGCCAACAGGGGGAGGUUGGAUUUUAAUGGUGCUCAACCCCCUCUUGCCUCGCCACCCCUCACUAACUGUGUAUAAAUGAUCUAUGAAUAUAAGUAAAUGAAUAUAACUGAAACCGACAGGUUGGUGCUUAGAACCCGCGUCAUUACGCUUACUGGUAAAUGAAUAGAAUGAUGUCUUUGUACUGUAUCUAACUGAUAAAAACAAUACCUUUUUCAACUUUUUUGCAUUAUAUGAAAUUCAUAAAAUUGUGACGCAUUUGUGAUUUUAUGAUGGACAUUAGCAGUAUUUGUAGUUUUAGCCACUUUUGAACGAGACUUUUAGGGAUGUAUAGCGAGGUGUGGGUUUGGGUUCCUUCAGUGUUCUGUCCUCAUGAGUAUCAUUUCAAGGUUGUGAUCUUGCUCUCCUCUGACUGUUUAUUGAAGCUGCACUGUUUUAAAAGAAAAUAACUCCUAUUGAAGGAGGCCUGAUCCAGACCCGUCUCAAACACUCUGUGAUGUUUCUGUGACAUUAUUGUGAGUAAUAUUAAUCAA